AACUUAUGGAUUGCAUUCCAUCCGCCGAUGAGGUCGACGGAAGAUGGAUCACAUAAAAAUAACGCUUUUCUUAGCAUGGGUUGCUCUAUCGCAAUGUAGCGAGGAUUUUUUUUUACCCCGCAAUAAACCGAAAAAGGAUUGUUUCUGCCUACCACCAAGUCCGGAACAUGCUUCAAAGAUAACUGAUCUGCUUCAUCCAACUCCAGGUUCCAAAGAAGUUAGGAAGGUUGUAUACGUAUUUAAAAAUUCUGUCACAGGUGAACAUAAAAUCUACAUUCCCAAUUUAGCGAAGCAACAGGCCUUCCCCAAUAUUGCAUACGACGCGAAUGAAAGUCUCAGAUCCAUUGAUAAUACGCUAAUAUUUAAUGAUGAUGCUUGGGUAACUGUAAAAAAGACGUCACCAACAAAACAAAAGCCUGACCAUUAUGAACCAGAAAAAACGAUAGCACACGAUGAUUCAAAAAAUCUUAAUAUCAUAAAUGAGUUAAACAAAGAAAUGAAUCCUUUAGGCUACUUACACGGAUCAAGAGAAAUGAAGAAGAUGCUUGGAACUUUACAUGGUACAGCUUUGCAAGAGGAAUUUCACCAAAAGAAGUUGUAUCCCGGUAGUAACGAAGAUUUUAAGAGAACAUUAAAUAAGUUUUAUCCUACAUGGUUAAACAAGGGAAAUACUAUUCGCUUUAAACCAAAGGAACUACAAACAUUCCCAUAUAAUGUAAAAAUCAUUUUACGAAUUAAUGGUAAGAAUGAUAUAAGAAAUGGCCAACUAGAACUAAAUGAAAAUACUGGAGAAAUAAUCGUAUUUACACCGAAACAAACUAUAAAUGAAUUGUAUCCUGAGUUUCAGGCUAAUUCCAAGAUAUCGUUUGACGAAUGGUUGAUUGUCAUGGUGAAAGCUUUGCACAUUCAACUAAACUUAUCUUCUAAAGUUAUAGACAUCAAUGUACUUAAAAUAUUCAUAAUGAAUGUUAUAGAGAAUAUGAAACAUUCCUCUAACAACAAAGUAGGCGGUUCUUACGGAAAAGACAUAAACUUAUUCAACAUUAAUCUACGACCAAUAUUAAUCGGUGAAUCGGCUUUAAUAAGUAAGGUUAUUAACAAUGGUUUUUCCGAAAUACCUUCCGGUAUUGUAUUCUUAGAAGCGAUUUUUAUAUCGGGAAACACUAUUCAAAGCCUUGGUAUUAUACCGAUUGGCCACCUUCUAAUUAAUAAAAAGGAAGAAAAAUCAAAAAUUACAACGGUACAAAUUAUUAAAUCAAUAACAACUUGUGAAAAUAGUGUAUGCACAACGAAGAAAAUAUGUAAAAAUGAACAAGAUGAAGAAGAGCCCUGUAAAGAAUUUUCAAAUGUUAUAUCAAAAGUAGCUGAAAGAUCUGGACACCAUUCACACUGUAAGCAUUCAGGAUGUAAGAAGAGGAAGUGCAAGAAUAAUAAAAAUUGUAAAGAGCAUGUUUUUGAAGGACAUUUGAGUGCCAACGCAACGACGGAAGAAGAAAAAGCAGCGGAAGAAGUUGAAAUCACUGAUCCGUCAAAUCCAGAACCUUAUAUAAUUGUAGAUACAAAUGGGAACGUAAUAUCAACAGCAAUGGAAGACUCACUUCCAACUGACGAAGGACUAGGUAUCAGAAUAGUCGGUGGCAAUGCAGCUACUAACAGUGGAACUCCCUUGAGUGUUAAAGGUAGAUCUGGUGACUAACUCUUCACUAAACGUUCAAGGAUAUAUAAAAUAUGAUUGAGCUUUG